AUGAAAAAAAUACUGAUACCCGAGGAACUAUUUGGACUGAAAAGUCACGGUCUUGAAGAGGACGAUUUAGCUGAUAGAUUGAAUAGUCGAUAUACCGUGAGGGCUCUAGUACUAUGCAUAUUGAUUAUUCUUGCUAAAACAUAUGUUGGAAAGCCAAUUAAUUGUUGGACGCCUGCUCAAUUCCAAAAACCUCAUAAUACCUAUGCAAACAGUAUAUGUUGGUUGAAAGGAACAUACUAUUUGCCAACUGAAGAAAUAACUAUUCCCGAUCGAUCAAAACCUCGCUUAUCCUAUUAUCAAUGGACAACUUACAUUUUGUUUGGCAUGUCUCUAUUAUUUUAUGCGCCAAAAAUAUUUUGGCAUGCGCUUACACGUCAAAGUGGACUUGAUCUGCGUCGUCUUACUAAGGCAAUAAAAGAAGAUAUAAAGGGUGAUAAAGGACUUGAUAUAGUUAAAAAAUCGUUAAAUUCAUAUUUAGACUAUGAGCGUGGUAGAACAUGUUGCGGAGGACAAUUAAAGAAUUUUAAUUUUCGAUUAGUCAUCUUGUAUUUUCUUAUUAAAGUGUUAUAUUUUAUAAAUUGUCUUGGACAAUUUUUUCUUCUAAACGCUUUUUUAUCGUUUCAGUUUUCUAGUUAUGGUUUUGAAGUGUUGAGUCAUUUUUUUCGUGGCGGAGAUUUGUUUGAAUCACCAAGAUUUCCACGUGUAACAAUGUGUGAUUUUAUGAUAAGACAUUUAGGUUCAAAUCAACAUUGGUACGUUAUUCAAUGUACUUUACCAAUUAAUUUAUUUAAUGAAAAGAUAUUUCUUUGUAUUUGGUUUUGGUUGCUAGUAUUAACGUUUAUUAAUUUUAUUAGUAUAAUUCUAUGGAUUAUAUCGAUGACAAGAUCAGCAAGAAGACGUGAUCUUAAUACUUAUCUCGCAGAUGAUAGUUUCAUGGACUAUUUACAUGCGGAUGGUUAUUUAGUAUUUCGAAUUAUUGCUCAAAAUACCGAUGAAUAUACUGCAAAACAGAUUCUCCAACAUUUAUACGAAAAACGUCGUACUAUUGUUUAA